UUAAGACCGGAUCUUGGACAUUUUGGAUCAUAUAAAUUGCACCGGUGAAUUGUUCUGGGCAUCAGUCUCAUACAAGCCGUUGAGAUAACAUCAGUCAUCAUGUUCACUAAAGUGUUGCUCGUCUGCGCCGUCGCCGCCGUCGCCGCGGCCAUCGAGUACCCCAAAGGUCUCCAUCCCGCCGUAUGCCCCAACUAUCCGUACUGCGACGCGGAAGUACUGGCGCGCCACACGCCGGACGGCAUGCCUAUUCCUGAGUGGGAGAUGCCGUUCGCGUACGCACGCAUGGUUUAUGCUGUACCAUUCCCUGUUGCACGUGCUCUUGCUCCUGCUCUUGCCCCUGCGCGUGCAAAAGCUCCCGAAUACCCCGCCGACGUUGACCCAGCUUCGUGCCCGAACUACCCCUACUGCGUAUAAUUUUACUGUGACAUUG